AUGGAAACAGAGGUUGGAGUUGAGGGGAAUGAUGAAGCUAAGCUUAAGGAGUGCAGGAUUCAGAAAAGUACCUCUUCCUUGUCUUCGCCCAAGCAGAUUUCCGACCCGGUUGUAUACAAGCUUGUUCGGGUGGAAGGAGAUGGGAGAUUAGUGCCUGCAACAGAUGACGAAUUAAUGGAGGUUGAGAGCCUGCUUGUAGAUGAGAAAGGCGGAAUGCGUAUUGUUGCAGACCCUGGACAGACUCUAGGUUGCAUUUCCAAUGAAGGAUCUUCGCUAUCUGAGAACAAAGAAGAUGAUCCAGAUAAAUUGAAUGCAAGGCUUGAGUACAUCGAGGAGAUGUUGCAAAAGGUGAAAGAGGAAGAGAGGCUCCGCUUAGCAUGUGGAUCUCCUGAUUGUUCUUCUGAUUAUGUGAUUGUAGAAAGCCAGUGUUCUGAUGAGCAUGAUAAAUUGCUCCAUAUUGAUGAGAAGCUACAAUGUGAAAUUCCCUUGCAGGAAACUGUCCCCUUACUGGCACCAAGUUUGAGUGAAAGCUAUUUGAAUCAAUCUGGGAUUGUUGGGGAGUGCUCUCAUUCUCCUGAUAAACUGGUAACUGGUGGGUCAACUUCGUCUGUUGUUACUACAAAACCUGAUUUUUCCAAGUUGAAGGGGGACAUAUGCCUAGACAAGUUGUCAAUAAAAGAACUUCAUGAAACUUUUAAAGCGACAUUUGGGCGAGAAACUACUGUCAAGGAUAAGCAAUGGCUUAAGAGAAGGAUUUCCAUGGGAUUAACAAAUUCUUGUGAUGUUUCAACAACUUCUUUUAUAAUUAAAGAUAACAAAUUUGUUAAGAAAAGGAAUGAAGAAGGCUGUAAUGGUAUGGAUGGUUCCUUUGCUAAGGAUCCAGCAAUUGGCAACCAGAAAGACUUACCAACUAGCCUUGUUGGCCAACUGGAUUAUCAUCAAGUUGUUCCUGAAAAGAGAUUUGAAAAUCACAACUUAGAUGACAAUUCUGGAAGUGACGAUCAUCAAACAGAACAGAGAGCUGCUAAAAGAGUUCGGAAGCCCACAAAACGAUAUAUUGAAGAGCUUUCAGAAGUGGAGUCCAAAGAGUCUAAUGGAAGGUUGAUGAAUUUGGCAAAAAAUUCUGGACAUGGACUGAUAUCCCCAAUAUCUCAUGUUAGGCUUGUUAGAAAUGUUUCUUCAGGUGGGAGAACUGUUAUCACCAGGCUGGAUUCCCUCGGAGGAUCUGGGGUUCAGGUUCCAUGUGUUUCUCGGGUUCGAAGGAGCCGUCCAAGGAAAAAUUUCAUGGCUCUUCUGAAAUUCAAUCCAAGUGGCAUGGGCAUGGCAGCAACGUUGGUAAAGAAAGCCCUUGGUGAUCAUAGUUUGCCACCAGUUGAUAGGAACGAGAAUAGAGUCUUGAAAGCCAGCCCUACCCCAGAACAUAUUCAUCACCAGUUUGUAGGUGUGCCAGAGAAAGAUAAGCAGUUCUCAGUGAUGAGUGCGGUUGGCUUGGGAGGUAACACGGAACCGAAACACAUGAAUUCAUCUGGGGAUUCAGAUGACAAUGUAGUUACUGUUCCUACAUCCAAAGGCGGAAUUAGACGGAAACAUCAUCGAGCUUGGACUCUCGCCGAGGUGAUGAAGCUAGUUGAUGGUGUCGCCAGGUAUGGAGCUGGAAGGUGGUCUGAGAUCAAACGACUUGCCUUUGCAUCCUAUUCAUACCGCACCUCUGUUGAUCUCAAGGACAAGUGGAGGAAUCUGCUGAAAGCCAGCUUUGCACAGAUGCCUCCAGAUAAUGGAAUGAAUUCUCGGAAAAAUACUGGUGCGAUGCCGAUUCCUGCACCAAUUUUGUUAAAAGUGAGAGAGCUCGCCGAGAUGCAAGCACAGGUUCCACCAAAUCUUAGCUCGACCAAGGUGGCUGGGAGUACUAUAAAAAUUGUACAUGAAAAACAAACAGGGUUCUUGUAG